GGGAGAACUUUGAACUCACCCUCAGAGCUAUCUGAAGAGAGUGACUCGAUGCACCUGGGUCAGGCUGCCUGUGGGUAUGAAGUGGUUAGGAGACUCCAAGAACAUGGUGGUGAAUGGCAGGAGAAAUGGAGGCAAGUUGUCUAACGACCAUCAGCAGAAUCCAUCAAAACUGCAGCACGCGGGAAAGGAAGCUCUGAAGACUGGCAAAAAUGCAGUUGAGCGGAGGUCAAGCAGAUGUAAUGGUAAUUCUGGAUUCGAAGGACAGAGUCGAUAUGUACCGUCUUCUGGGAUGUCUGCCAAGGAGCUUUGUGAAAAUGAUGACCUAGCAACCAGUUUGGUUCUGGAUCCCUAUUUAGGGUUUCAAACACACAAAAUGAACACUAGCGCCUUCCCUUCGAGGAGCUCAAGGCAGUUUUCAAAAUCUGACAGCUCUCCCCACACCAACCCUGUGAGGUUUCGGCCGGUCAAAGGGAGGCAGGAAGAGCUGAAGGAAGUGAUUGAGCGAUUUAAGAAAGAUGAGCACCUGGAGAAAGCCUUCAAAUGCCUGACUUCAGGCGACUGGGCCCGGCAUUACUUCCUUAACAAGAACAAAGCGCAGGAGAAGUUAUUCAAAGAGCACGUAUUCAUUUACUUGCGAAUGUUUGCCGCUGACAGUGGAUUUGAAAUAUUGCCUUGUAAUAGAUACUCUUCAGAGCAAAAUGGAGCCAAAAUAGUUGCAACAAAAGAGUGGAAACGCAAUGACAAAAUAGAAUUACUGGUGGGUUGUAUUGCCGAACUUUCAGAAAUUGAGGAGAACAUGUUACUCAGACACGGCGAGAACGACUUCAGUGUCAUGUACUCCACCAGGAAGAACUGCGCUCAACUCUGGCUGGGCCCCGCCGCCUUCAUCAACCACGAUUGCAGACCUAACUGUAAGUUCGUGUCAACUGGCAGAGACACGGCAUGUGUGAAGGCUUUAAGAGACAUUGAGCCUGGUGAAGAAAUUUCUUGUUACUAUGGAGACGGGUUUUUUGGAGAAAACAAUGAGUUCUGCGAGUGUUACACUUGUGAAAGACGAGGAACUGGUGCUUUUAAAUCCCGAGUGGGACUGCCUGCCCCUGCUCCUGUUAUCAAUAGCAAAUACGGACUCAGAGAAACAGACAAACGUUUAAAUAGGCUUAAAAAGUUAGGAGACAGCAGCAAAAACUCAGACAGUCAGUCUGUCAGCUCCAACACUGAUGCAGACACCACUCAGGAAAAAAACAGUGCAACUUCUAACCGAAAAUCUUCAGUUGGUGUAAAAAAGAGCAGCAAGAGCCGAACGCUAACCAGGCAAUCUCUGUCCAGAAUUCCAGCUCCUUCCAACUCUACCUCAGCUAAACUCACUCACGUGACUAACUCCAGGGUACCAAAGAGACUGAAAACGCCGGCAAAGCCUUUACUCUCCAAGUUAAAACUACGGAAUCAUUGCAGACGGCUGGAGCAAAAGACUGCAUCCAGAAAACUUGAAAUGGGGAACCUAGUGCUUAGGGAACCCAAAGUUGUGCUGUAUAAGAACUUGCCCCUUAAAAAGGACAAGGAGUCGGAGGGACCAGCACCAGCCACAGGGGCCAGCGGGUGCUUGACCAGACAUGCGGCGAGAGAACACAGACAGAAUUCUGAGAAGGGUGCUCAUGUACGGGGCGAGGGCUCACCGUGCUCCUACAUCACCCGGAGAUCGGCACGCACCAAGGUGAGCCUGAAGGAAACUUCGGACAUCAAGCUGGACCUGGACGCAGUAGAUGGCUACAAAGAUAGCGUGGCUGAAGCGAGUGUGGACGGGCCUGAGCAGCUCACCCCCAGGCUGCAAGAGGAGGCCCCAGCUCAUGAAGCUGCACAGAAGGGGGACACAAGGUGCCACAAGAGUGACGGUGGCAUGUCCAGAAAGAAAUCACGACAAGGCAAACUGGUGAGGCCGUCUCCCAAAACAGAGGAGCCCACCCCGACACAUGACACCCUAACGAGCGACGGUCUGGGGCCAGGUGUGGCGGACUCCCAUUCUGACCUUGGCGAGCACAGUGGUACAGGGGGCCCGUCGGCAGGCUACACGGACUGCACUCCCUCGCCCGUCGGGUGUUCGGUCGUCACGUCAGACAGCUUCAAAGCAAAAGACAGCUUUAGGACUGCAAAGAGCAAGAAGAAGCGGCGGAUCACACGGUAUGAUGCCCAGCUCAUCCUGGAAAACAACUCCGGGAUCCCCAAAUUGACUCUUCGCAGGCGUCACGACAGCAGCAGCAGGACCAAUGACCAGGAGAACGAUGGGGUGAACUCUUCCAAAAUCAGCAUCAAGUUGAGCAAAGACCAUGAAAAUGACAAUAACCUCUAUGUAGCGAAGCUUAACAAUGGCUUUAACUCAGGGCCGGGCAGUAGUUCAACAAAAUUAAAAAUCCAGCUGAAGCGGGACGAGGAGGGUCUGCGUGAGAAUGGGGUGUGUUGUAGUGACCCCCUCUCUCUCCUGGAGUCCCGGAUGGAGAUGGACGACUACAGCCAGUACGAGGAGGAAAGCAGCGAUGAGUCCUCGUCUUCAGAGGGGGACGAGGACGAGGAUGACUACGAUGACGACUUUGAAGACGACUUUAUUCCUCUGCCACCCGCCAAGCGCCUGAGGCUAAUUGUUGGGAAAGACUCUAUCGACAUCGACAUUUCUUCCAGGAGGAGAGAAGACCAGUCUCUGAGGCUCAACGCUUAG